AUGGACUUUGCUUUUCAGCGUCAAGAUGAGACGGCUAUCUCUGAAACCACGAAGAUCGUCCCUCUAACAUGCCACGGCCACUCUCGUCCGAUCACGCACCUGUCGUUCUCUUCGCUACUCGCCAACAAUCCAUCAUCCGGCGCCUCACAAUUCUACAUCAUCACAGCCUGCAAGGACAACAAUCCCAUGCUCAGGGAUGGUCUAACUGGAGAUUGGAUAGGGACAUUUAUUGGGCAUAAGGGAGCAGUAUGGAGUGCUCGCCUCAGCGAUGACGCUACGUUAGCAGCUACGGGAAGUGCAGACUUCAGUGCAAAGGUGUGGGAUACUUUCACAGGAGAGACGUUGGCGACAUUACAGCAUAAUCAUAUUGUUCGAGCAGUGGCAUUUCCGCCAGGAAUCAGGACAGGAGUAGUGGCUACAGGCGGUAUGGAGAAGAAGCUGAGGGUGUGGGAUCUGGGUGCUGCGGUGGUGGGGACACCUGGUGGGACGGUCAAUGGAGUGAACGGUACCGGCAACACAAUGACGCCGUCGUAUGAGAUUGGUGAGGGCGAGCAUCAAGGUGCAAUCAAAAGUAUUGUCUGGACACGGGAUCCGAACAUCCUCGUUACGGCAGCAGACGACAAGAAGAUAAGAUGGUGGGAUCUUCGCAAUCGUGCCUGCAUAGCCACGUACGACAUUGAUGCCCUGCCCACAUCUUGCGAACUCAACAGCGGUCUGGACGAUACGCCGCACGGCACCCUGUCAGUAGCGGCAGGCAAGAACAUCUACUUCUUCUCCGGAUCGCAACCAGGACAGCUGUUAAAACAUAUCAAGACCGACCGCGAGGUGGCGAGUGUGGCGCUCAAUGGUGCACAGAGACGGUUUGUGACCGGAAGUCCGUCAGAUACGUGGGUACAUGUCUGGGACUAUGAUCUUGAGAGAGAGCUCGAGACGGGCAGGGGUCAUCAUGGGCCGGUGUGGACGACUGGCUUCAGUCCGGAUGGGAUGCUGUAUGCUACCGGCAGUGAGGAUGGUACGGUGAAGAUGUGGAAGUUCGCUGGUGGUGCUUAUGGGUUAUGGCGGUGA